AUGUUUGGCAGCAAGAAGGACAAGGAUUCAGACGCUGACACCACACCCCGCAAUAGCACUGAGUCCAACCCAGCGUCCGCCACAACGCCGACUGCGCCUCCGCCCGUGAAGACCGACGACACAGCACUUGCAAAGACUGAGAGCCCCGUGCGCAAGUCGGAGGAAUCAGGCGCUGGAACUCCCACUUCCGACACAAAGAAACGAAGAAGUAGUAGUACUGCCAAAGCGCGCGAGAUCUUCACCCAGGCUAAGAACUCUCUUAUACACGGCGAUCGCGAAGGUCCCCAGACGCCCAUGCAGAAACUCAGCAAGAACGAUGCGGCCUUGAGCGUCCCACAGGGUACCAACAACAACUCCGCCGGCGAGUCACAGCCCACUCCCAACUCCUCAUUCAAGGUUGGUGUCACAGAAGACAAGAAUAAAAAGUGUCGUCGCACGAUGGAAGACACCCAUUCGUACCUCUACAACUUCCUAGGUACACCCGCUCCCGUCCUUCCAUCCGACGCUUCACUCAAGAGCAAGAAAUCUGGCGAGGGUAAGGACCUGGCACUACAAGUCACAAAUACCGCGCAGCAUGUUGUGGAAACGGACAACGGAUACUUCGCCAUAUUUGAUGGGCAUGCCGGCACAUUCGCCGCAGAGUGGUGCGGCAAGAAGCUCCACGUCCUCCUAGAAGACCUUAUGCGAAGGAACCCAAAUACCCCGGUGCCAGAACUGCUCGAUCAGACCUUCACCUCUGCCGACAACCAGCUGGAAAAGCUACCGCUCAAGAACAGUGGCUGCACAGCUAUCACCGCUGUAUUGCGAUGGGAAGACCGAGUGCCUACGUCGAAUUCCGCGACUGGUUCGCAAGCCAUCGCAGCUCUGGCGGCGCAAGCAGCCAAGGAAGCGGAGGCGUCUGAAAGCAAAGAAGACAAAGACCACACUCCACGCAGCAACUCCACUGCUGAGGCCGCGGCACAGGCGAUACAAGCUGCCAAGCAGAAAGCGACGCGACAACGAGUACUCUACACUGCGAACGUUGGUGAUGCUCGGAUUGUGCUAUGCAGGAACGGCAAGGCUCUGAGGCUGUCGUACGAUCAUAAAGGCAUGGACGAGAACGAGGGUCGCAGAAUAUCAAAGGCCGGCGGACUCAUUCUUAACAAUAGGGUCAACGGCGUCCUGGCUGUCACCCGCGCACUCGGCGAUUCAUACCUGAAGGAUCUGGUCACUGGACAUCCGUAUACCACAGAGACGGUCAUACAACCUGACCAGGAUGAGUUCUUAAUCUUGGCUUGUGAUGGGCUAUGGGAUGUCUGCUCGGAUCAGGAGGCGGUUGACCUCGUCAGAAAUACACAAGAUCCUCAAGAGGCAUCGAGAAUGCUCGUCGAUCACGCUCUCUCAAGGUUCUCGACAGACAAUCUCUCUGUCAUGAUCGUUCGCUUUGAUCCGAAGAAACUACAAUCGAAUACCACCACCGAUAUUGGAGUUGAGUCGGAGGUCUCCCACGAGAAAGGUGCCAUCAGCGAAGUGGAGAUGAUAGUAUCGGAAGCACGACGGUUGUCAAACGUGGGCGAGAGCAGUAUUGACGAUUCAACUGAAGAUCUAAAGAAGAUUCAGGAGAUCGAAGAAGAGCAAGAACCUGGUCCUGAGCUGACGCCAGAAGGCAAGGCUGAAGCAGAGCGCGUCAUUGCUGAGAAGCGGGCAAAGCCUCAGGAAGAUGCCACGCCGGUAGCUGAGAACAAGCCGGAUGGUGUUUGA